UGGUGACGAUGAUGGUGAUGAUGAUGAAGGUGACGGGUCUCUCCCUCUGUCCUCAGUAUGACCUGUGCCAAGUGUAACCACGGCUUCUGCUGGCGGUGUCUGAAACCAUGGAAACCGACACACAAAGAUUACUACAACUGCUCCGCCAUGGUGAGUAAAGCAGCGCGACAGGAAAAGAAGUUUCAGGAUUAUAAUGAGCGAUGCACCUUCCACCACCAGGCCAAGGACUUCGCCAUCAACCUGGAGAACAAAGUGUCGUCGAUUAACGAAGCUCUGCAGAUGAAGUCUCUGACCUUCGUCAUCGACGCCUGUAAGGUCCUCGCUCAGGCUCGUAAGGUGCUGGCCUACUCCUGCGUCUACAGCUACUACAACCAGGAGACGGAGAAGAUGGAUGUGAUGGAGCAGCAGACGGAGGCUCUGGACCUGCACACCAAUGCCCUGCAGAUCCUGCUGGAGGAGACUCUGCUGCAGUGCACUGACCUGGCCUCGUGUGUCCGCCUGCUCAAACCAGAACACCUCACCACCGGACUGGAACUGAUCCGACGCAUCCAGGAGCGCCUGCUGGCCAUCCUGCAGCACUCCACCCAGGACUUCAGGGUUGGUUACCAGUCAAAGAGCAGUCAGGAACCAGAAUCCACUCAGAGCUCCAACCUGUCCAACAACACCGACGCCGCCAACAAAGUAUCAAAGUCGGACCGAGCGUCAGACUCCGGAGACUCUGACAACAAUAACUACGCAGGUGAGGAGGGCGGUGAGGAGGCAGAGGACGAGGACGAUGAGUACGAUGAAGAGUAUGUCCCCGAGUGGCACGAGGACUACGAUGAGGACGACAUCGAUGAAGACGACUUCUUCUCCGACGACGACGAGUCGGAGAACCUGGAGAGGGACUUCAGCCCCUUCGACUGAGCUGGACUGAAACCCAGAGAGUCCAGGGACGAGAGCGAGGGCGAGGCGGGCCCCGCCACGGCCCCGCCCCCUCACCUGAGGACACCAGGAGGGACUGGAGAUGAUCAGAGGGAUGUCCUUCUUCACCUGAACUCCCCCCCCGCCACCCCCGCCCGCCUGUCCCAAACACAGCUGCACUCGCUUUUCCACUUCCUGUAUUUCACCUUCUUUGUUUUCAUCAAGGCAAAGUACGGAAGACGACGAGGGACAAAUUAGUUCUGAGGAAGAAAAAAGAGAUGACUUCAAAAAGAGAAAAAAAAAAUCUGAGUUUAGUUUUUAAAUUCUGACGUCAAAGUCACUGCGAGUUGUGUUUGUGUUUAAACACACAGUGUGACACUUGGUUAAAACCAAUCUGAACUAGUUUAAUCGUUAGUCUGAACCAGUAUUUUUACUGGGGAUCCAGAGCGCUGAUUUUGAUUUCAGAGUUUUUAUUUCUGUGUCAGCUGAGUUAGAAACAUUUGAAGAUCCAGAUUUAGUUUGAGAGACUCUGAUUUCAUGAUUUCCUGAUUUGAAACCUCAGAACUGGAUUGUCCUCGCCGUGUCUCCACAGCGACCCCGCCGGGCUCUGGAGCUGAUCCUGGAUCAGUUGGACAUGUUUGUUUCCUGCUGCUUGUUUCAGAGGGUGGUGUUAGUCACGUUCUGCCUUGAGUUCUCUCUCUGACGGACGCUGCCUUCAUUCGACAGUAAAGAAACUCUUCACUUUAGAUUUACUCACAUUAAGUUGUAUUUUUUACAUGUUUGUAGAGCUGGAUGUUUCUAUGCAUCUGAAGAGUCUGAGCGGAGCGUCUGUAGGAGUAUCACUGCAAUAACCCAUCGACCGAUCGAUCAAUUGAUUGAUUGAUGAUUAUUAUUGGCUCACUGUUGCGUCAUUUGCUGAGCAAAGACUCUGUCGGCUGCUCUGUUUCCUGUCGUUAGGGCGAGAGCGGAGGACAUCUGAUGUCCAGCUCCCCGUUCUGCUGUAAUUUUGAGAGCUCCUAUAUUCAUAUUGUUGUCUCUGGUUCCUUCGUUGGAGUCGAGCGACUUCAGCCAGCAACUAAAUAAAAGCUUUUUCUGCUAUGCUGCACCGCGACUCACAUUUCAUUGGAAA